UGGCAGCAUGUCAGACCUCCUCCGUGGUGGAACCAGCCAGGCAAGGAUGUCUCCGGAGCUGUGUUAUCCUCUUGCUCACCAGAAGAACGUCUGUACCAGGAAAAAAGAAGGUAAAGAAAAUGACGUGGACCAAAGCUCUUCCAUCAGCUUAAUCUUGCCACUGUGGAGCUCUACAGCAGAUGCCAGGUAUUGCUUGCUGGAAACAUGUUUGAGUUCCUUUUUUCCCCUGCUCUCUUUAAAUGAAAGAGGCAUCUCCACCAGCCAUAUGGAGUAGCUCCUGUGCUGCAAAAGACGUGUCUGGUGUGCAGUGCAUCCAUUCAAGCUUUCUCAACGUGGACCUGAAAUUCAGCAGGGAAGGGAGCUGACGAGCACCUUUGCAGCAGAUUUCAAUGAGGCAAAACCUCAAGCAACAUAAAGCCAUCUGAGCCAGCCAGCAAAGUCAUGCUGACCUUCUGCCAGUACUACUGCAGCCCCAAGAAUGACUUCAGGUUCCUCAUCCUCGGGGGAGCCAGGAGGCCAUUCCCGAUGGCUGCCUCUGCUCCGCUGCUGUCCGCUGGAGUGUUAUCACUAUGACAACCCACAAGUAUAGGAUGCGCACGGCGCUGGGAGCUCCAGCUUGACCUUACUUGUGUGUGCAUGCCUCAGAGCUGGGCUUCCUUACCCAGGAGGGGGGCAAAGAACAUGUGGAUCCACAGGUGACUCUCCCUGGAUGCUGUCCUGCCACUUGCUGUCAAGUUUGGAAUGCAAGGCAAGCACGACUGAAGUCAGCGUGGAUAGUGUGGAGAAAGAGAAUGAAGUGGAGCAGCCCCCAUCUCCAGCAUCAACUACAAGCCAGGAAUCAAAGCUGCAGAAACUGAAACGCUCCCUCUCCUUCAAGACCAAAAGCCUGCGGAGUAAAAGCGCAGACAACUUCUUCCAGAGGACGAACAGCGACGUGAAGCUGCAGGUGGACUUGAUGCCCGAGGUGAGCACCAGCACCGGGCAGCUCCCCAGCUCCCAAAGCCAAGCGUCCUCCCCCACCAGAGCCCCCCAGCUCUCAGAAAACAGCAAGACUCACAUCUUCCAGGAGCACAUCUUCAAGAAGCCCACCUUCUGUGAUGUCUGCAACCACAUGAUCGUGGGGACGACUGCUAAGCACGGGCUGCGCUGUAAGGCUUGCAAGAUGAGCAUCCACCACAAGUGUGCAGACAGCAUCGGACAGCAGCGUUGCAUGGGCAAGCUGCCAAAGGGAUUCCGACGGUACUACAGCUCCCCACUGCUCAUUCAUGAACAGUUUGGCUGCAUCAAAGAAGUGAUGCCUAUUGCCUGUGGAAAUAAGGUUGACCCUGUGUAUGAAACUCUCCGCUUUGGGACUUCUUUAGCCCAGAAAACCAAAAAGGGCAGCUCUGGAAGUGGGUCUGACUCUCCCAACAGAAACUCUACAGCUGACCUGGCAGAAGUUCCUGAGGAAGGCAACAGCUCGGCAGGCAGCCUGGACAUAAGCAGGAAACGCAGCAACAGUGUGUUUACAUACUCUGAAAACGGCACAGAACCCUUUGGAGAAGAACCAAAAAGCAUCAUCCCUUCCCCGGGACCAUUUUAUAAAAGCACGUUACAAAUGAACACCUACGUUGCCUUGUACAAAUUUGUACCCCAAGAGAAUGAAGACUUGGAGAUGAGGCCAGGAGAUAUGAUCACUCUUCUGGAAGACUCUAAUGAAGACUGGUGGAAGGGGAGAAUUGAUGACAGAACUGGAUUUUUUCCUGCUAACUUUGUCCAAAGAGUGCAGCACGAUGAGAAGAUUUACAGGUGUAUCAGGACAUUCAUUGGCUGCAAGGAACAGGGACAGAUAACUCUGAAAGAGAAUCAGAUCUGUGUGACUUCUGAAAAGGAACACGAUGGCUUUAUCAAAGUCUGCAGCGGGAAGAAGAAAGGCUUUGUCCCCAUAGACGUCCUGGAGAACAUCUGAUUGCAACAGCUCACUUGCUGCAGUAGCAGCCCUUUGUCGGCGGUGCCUGCCUGCCUCAUCUCUCACUGUGUCAACCCAGAUGGGCUGCCUUGCGGAUGUUCAGGGGAGUAGCAAGGAAACUGCCACUGCAAGA